GCGGCGGAGGGGUCAGCGCGCGGGGGCCGCACCGGAGAGCCGGGCGCGGAGGCUGAGGCGAGCGGGCGGAUGGCGGAGGCCGGGCCGCAGCCGCCGGGGGGCGGCCCCAGCCGGCACGAGAAGAGCCUGGGGCUGCUCACCACCAAGUUCGUCUCGCUGCUGCAGGAGGCCAAGGACGGCGUGCUCGACCUCAAGCUGGCGGCAGAUACCCUGGCAGUGCGGCAGAAGAGGCGCAUCUAUGACAUCACAAACGUCCUGGAGGGCAUUGGGCUGAUUGAGAAGAAGUCCAAGAACAGUAUUCAGUGGAAAGGCGUAGGCCCCGGCUGCAACACCCGCGAGAUCGCCCACAAGUUGAUUGAGCUGAAGGCGGAGAUCGAGGACCUGGAGCAGCGGGAGCGAGAGUUGGAGCAACAGAAAAUGUGGGUGCAGCAGAGCAUCCGAAACGUUUCCGACGACGUCCAAAACAACCGAUUAGCGUAUGUGACUGAUGAGGACCUUUGCAAAUGUUUUGCAGGCGACACGCUGCUAGCCAUUCGAGCCCCAUCGGGUACUCAGCUAGAAGUUCCUGUUCCUGAGGGCUUGAACGGGCAGAAGAAAUACCAAAUCCACCUGAAAAGUACGAGUGGCCCAAUUGAAGUCCUGCUAGUAAAUAAGGAUGUCUGGAGCUCCCCUCCGGUUGUACUCCCAGUCCCUCCCCCGGAAGACCUUAUUCAGUGUCAGCCAGUCACUCCUUCCAAGCCCCAUUCCCAAGAGGGUUCCAUUCCCAGUGUUGCCCACCCUUCCACCCCCGGGCCCAACAGCAUUACGGAUCAGAACCCUGCUGCCCAGAAAACAGCCAGCACCACAGAUAGUGGCAUCUCGACAGCAGAAUCCAGAAGCAGUGCGGAGCUGGAUUCACUCACCCCAUCGACCGCACCGGGCAGCCCUCCUGCUGGGCUUGAUACGCAGCCCCUCCAGUCCUCCGCCUUGUUGGACAGCAGCUCCGUCCUGCCCAGUCCGUCGCCCUCCUUUGAGCCAAUCAAACCAGACCCCACAGAAAUCCUGGAGUUUCCCAAAGAGCUUUCAGAGAUGUUCGACCCGACGAGAGAAUGCAUGAAUUCUGAGCUGCUUGAAGAGCUGAUGUCCUCCGAAGUGUUUGCCCCCUUGCUGCGUCUUUCCCCGCCUCCUGGAGACCAUGAUUAUAUCUACAACCUGGAUGAGAGCGAAGGGGUGUGCGACCUUUUCGACGUGCCUAUCCUCAACCUCUGACUCAAGCUACCUGGACAGACUUUGGGAUGCGCUGAUACAUAUAUAUUUUUUAUAUAUAUAAAAAAACUUGUCUGUAGGGGGGAAAACCCUCCGUUGUUUUGGGAUUCCUUUUCUGCUAGUGCUUGAGUGACUGACUUGAGCUGCUGUGGUCUGGACUCGAGACCAAGAGGGUGGACUUCCAGACUUGGCAGUCUCCUCGUUCAGGGCUUCUUCCUUUCCCAUGUUGCACAGGCAGAGUCUCCGAUUUUAUCUUGCUCUAUUUUUGCUGACAUUUCCUCGGAUCCCGAGCCUCCAUCCCAGGUGGACUUGUGAUUGAGCCUUCCUGACCAGCUGAAGAGCUUCCUCAGUUCCGCACACCUGCAUUUGGCUUUCCUGCACCAUGGCGACACUUUGUAUUGGGGACCUGAGGGCUGACUCACAGCCGGGUUCAUUUGGGAGAGCAAAGGAUUAGCCUGUCUUGUACCCUUGUAACUAAGAUGAUUGUGCUUUCUUUGACGACUGUACUUUUUGUCGCAGAGGUAAGGGGUGGGAGGUUAAAGCCGCAAGGAUGACAACCUGACUUUGCACGAGUCUUACCGUAGGACAAGUGCUUAAAAGCAGCGUUACGGGGUUUCAACCCCUCCUUUUGAGGCACAGAGAUCUUGCUCAGAAGGCUGUGACCCGCAGGAGUCUCCUUUAGCUGGAUAGGUAGACAAGAAACGGUGCCAGCUUUGCACAGUCACUUUCCUCCAAAGAAAUGUAACAGAAACGGAUUGCUACAAGCUGCAGCUGUGGCAUAUUUGGCAUGGAAAAGCCUCUUGGUAACUUAGCGCAAAAAACUGCAAGCUGCGCCCUAAAGCAGAGGCUGCUGGUGCUGGUAUUCUAUAACAGCCCUGGUCAACCCCAGGAACUGUUUAAAUGUGGGAGGCGGGGUGCCGUGGGAUUUAGGCCUGCAAAACGGCUGUAUAGAUGUGCUGCAUAUUCCCUCGCCAUGCUCCAGGCUGCAACGGACUGUAAUGCUAGCAUACCUGUAAAUUUCUUAGGUUUGUCCUCCACCUUCUAACAGAUGUUAGUUGGGUUUUUCUUUUUUUUUCUGGUGGAUCAUCUGAAGAGAGGGUGAGAAAUCUCCUUUUUGCACUUCUGGCAGUUUCGUCCCUUGCCUCUGCUCUGCACUUUUAACCUGAAACCAAUACUUAACUCUCACGCCCUAGCCCUUAGAGGUUUACACGCUUCCCGGCAGCAGCAGGAGGAGUUGCAAGAGCUAAACGUCUCCUCCGAACCUUGCUGCAUGGAAUGGAGUUUUAUUUCAGUGGGACUUGGAUGAUCCAUAAGUAUGGCAGAUGAGUUCCAGUCUAAGCCAUCCUCAUAACCAGGGAGUGCUUUUCUGUCAGAUGGAAGUGCUGGUCCUUUGUUGCAGAACUACCGAGCAAUCCUUUGCAGAGUUUCUCUGGUCUUAAAUGCAUUGCACCCAGUCGGCUUAGACUGGAGCAACUCUGCAGAGGAUUGCACUGCUAAUGUUACUUGUAGAGAGUUGUGAAACUGGCCUACAUGCCUCUGUCUUUCAUAGUGGAGGCAUACUGCUUGCUGCUCGCACCCCUCCAGAAUAGAAGCUCACGACUGUUUCCAGAGGCGUAGACUCCCCCUGUGAAACACCAGUUUAGGAACCUGCAGGAAUAAUUUUUCUGGUUUGAGUGUCCCAGAUUUCUGAGUGUGUGUCUCUUUCCCCCUCCCCCCUCCUAUGCCUCUAGGAAGCUAGCUAGCCUUGCCCGUUUGCUUGUCUGCACGGGUUCCUUGACCUUUGUCGGGGCUGGAGUGCUCUGAUAGCAGCCCCCCCCCCAUCUGUGCUGUCCAUCUCUGUUAGAUGAAGUCUGGAAAAAGAACAUACCUUAGAGAAGAUGUACAAUGGAAAAAAGAAGAAUUUUGAUUCAUAUAUAAAGAUUAUUUUUAUACUUUUUUGCAGCAAAAAAGAAACUUGCCUGUAAUAUUUGUACAGUGGGUUUUUUUUGGAAUGAAUAAACAGAUACCUUCCAAGGG